UCCGCCGUCACGCGACCACUCCAAAACACCCCUCUCUCUCUCCUUCUCUUUUAACGUUCGACCAAACCUUCGCACCUCCUCGGCCCGCCGUACUUGACCUCACGCGCCGCCCUCUCCUCCGCCGCCGCCGCCCUCCCCGGAGAAACGGGAAAGCUCAUCCGACAGGUUUCGACCCCGACGCGCCGGCCCCCCUCCCCCGCCCCCCGACGCGCCGCCGACGUCGUGUCCACGCGCCGCCCCUCGCGCUCUCCGCCGAUCUGCCUGAGAGAUUCUCCUCUCGAGAUCUGCUGCAGAGGGCGUCUCCUUGGGGUUGCAUGAAUCGGUCGCCUUGUCUGAUGAGAAGGAGAUGGGCGGGGUCACGUCGUCCAUUGCAGCCAAGUUCGCCUUCUUCCCCCCGCAGCCGCCGUCCUACACCGUCGUCGCCGCCGAGGACGACGGCUGGCGGGGGAGGCUGCGGAUACCGGAGCUGGCCGUCGGGGACGCCGCCGUCGACGUGAUGAGGCUGAGGACGCGGCGGGGGAACGAGAUCGUGGCCGUGCACGUGGCGCACCCCAGGGCUUCCUCGACCGUGCUGUACUCCCACGGGAAUGCUGCGGAUUUGGGGCAAAUGAUGGAGCUUUUCGUCGAACUGAGUAAGCGCUUGAGGGUCAAUAUCAUGGGGUACGAUUAUUCUGGUUAUGGGCAAUCUACCGGAAAGCCAACUGAAUAUAACACGUACGCCGACAUCGAUGCGGCAUAUAAGUGCCUUAAGGAACAGUAUGGAGUUCAAGACGAAAAGUUAAUCUUAUAUGGCCAGUCUGUUGGCAGUGGACCUACUGUCGACCUCGCAUCACGUGUUCCAAAUUUGAGGGGUGUUGUAUUACAUAGUCCUAUUCUUUCAGGACUCAGAGUGUUGUACCCUGUCAAGAGGACGUACUGGUUUGAUAUCUACAAGAAUCUUGACAAAAUAGGACUGGUGAAUUGUCCGGUUUUUGUAAUUCAUGGAACUGCAGAUGAAGUAGUUGACUGUUCGCAUGGGAAACAGCUAUCGGAGCUUUGUAAGAUUAAGUAUGAACCUCUGUGGAUAAGUGGGGGUGGACAUUGCAAUCUCGAGCUUUACCCGGAAUACAUUAAGCAUCUAAAAAUGUUUGUAUUGAGCUUGAACAAAGCAAAAGUCACGACAAACAAUACAAAGGAGAGCAAUGGAGACUCUGAAGCCCAAAAGAAAUCAUCAGAUACUGGAGCUUCGGAUACUUUUGAGUUGGCUCCAGAUCUUCCUGAAGUUUCCAGGAACAGCUUAGAUAGUCGGCUGGAGAAGUCUAAGAAAUCAGUAAAGCCUGAACAAUCUCGUAUGAGCACCGAUCGUCUUGACUGGUUUAGGAGAAAAAGGGGCUUAAUUUGGUGAAAAUACAGCCAGCCAUUUAACUCCCACCAGAACAGGUUUUUGGUUUUCAUAUUUACUCACCCAAGAAGGUAUAUAUUCUUUAUUUGCUCUGUAACAGUGUAUCAAUCUUAGAUGGAAACAAAACACUGAAGUGUGAUUUGAGCUAAGCUGUAAUUUGUAUGUGUGCAUUGUAGAAGUUCAAUUGAACAUAAUAAAUCCUUUGUACUCCUGUGGAGGUAGUGCAUAGUUGAAACUCAAAGGGAAUGAUUUCGUAAUUAGACGGAUCAUCUUCUUCUAUA